UAUCAAUCACCAUGAGCGGGUACACUGUUAUUCUUGUAUUUCUCUUGACUGCUGCUUUAUCAACAUUAGCAUGGAUUUUUGCUCCUAAGCAAAACCAAACAGUCUGGCGUUCGUCCGUCAUUUUGGGCUUGUCUAUGUGCUACUUGAUGUGGGCUAUUACUUACUUGGCCCAACUUCAUCCACUUGAAGCCCCAAGAAGGUCAAACUUAAGACCUGAGAAGAAGUAAGCUACUGGAACUAAAUCGCUAUAUAUCUUCAGAACGGUCCUACUUCAUAUUGUUAGACUUUUCUUUAAUAUUCUAUGAGCGUAAAUCAAAAACAAAAAUUAAACAGAGGACCUCCUCG